AUGUUCUUGACGCGUUCCGAGUACGAUCGUGGUGUCAACACAUUCUCCCCAGAAGGUCGACUGUUCCAAGUCGAAUAUGCUAUCGAAGCUAUCAAGCUCGGAUCGACAACAGUUGGCGUACGCACUCCCGACGGCGUAGUCCUCGCAGUUGAGAAGCGCGUCCAAUCCCCACUCCUAGAAUCAAGCUCCAUAGAAAAGAUUAUGGAAAUCGACACCCAUCUAGGAUGCGCAAUGUCAGGCCUCACAGCUGACGCUCGCACAAUGAUUGACCACGCACGCGUCACCGCCCAGAACCACGCUUUUACUUAUGACGAGAAGAUUAAAGUGGAGAGUGUCACUCAGGCUGUGUGUGAUCUGGCAUUGCGAUUUGGUGAGAGUGUGCACGACGAAGAGGCGAUGAUGAGUCGGCCGUUUGGUGUUGCGUUGCUUAUUGCUGGUGUCGACGAACUGGGACCACAACUAUACCACACGGAUCCCUCGGGCACCUUCAUGCGGUAUAAUGCAAAAGCCAUAGGGUCGGGCUCAGAAGCAGCACAAAGCGAGCUACAAGACAAGUGGCACAAGCAAAUGACGUUGCUUGAGGCACAAAAACUGACACUGCGAGUUCUAAAGCAAGUCAUGGAGGAGAAACUAGACCACCACAACGUCCAGUUGGCACAGGUCACGCCUCAGAAAGGAUUUGCGAUACUAGAUGAAGUACAACUGAAGGAAAUUAUUGACGCCAUGUAA